CCCGCGGAGCCCCCCCGCAAGACCCCCGGCGACUUCACCCGCCGCCCACCGAGCCCCCGCACACGGCGAAGAAAUAUGGGAUGUAUAAAAUCAAAAAGGAAAGACAAUCUGCAUGGAGAUGGGCUAGAUUUGAAGAAUCAACCAGUACGUAAAACUGAACGAACUAUUUAUGUGAGGGAUCCAACGUCCAAUAAACAGCAAAGGCCAGCACAUACAGAGGCACACCUUUUACCAGGACAGAUAUUUGCCAAUGAAGAUACGGAAGAGCAUGGAGUCAUUGUUGUAGCUCUUUAUCCUUAUGAUGGCCUUCAUGAAGAUGACUUGUCGUUCAAAAAAGGAGAAAAACUAAAAGUUAUUGAGGAGCUGGGAGAAUGGUGGAAAGCUAAAUCUCUCAUAACAAAAAAAGAAGGUUUCAUUCCCAGCAACUAUGUAGCAAAAGUAAACACCUUGGAAACAGAAGAGUGGUUCUUCAAGGACAUAACCCGAAAAGAUGCUGAAAGGCAACUCCUGGCUCCUGGAAAUGCUCCUGGAGCAUUCCUUAUCAGAGAAAGUGAAACAUUAAAAGGCAGCUAUUCCUUGUCCAUAAGAGACUAUGAUCCGCAACAUGGUGAUGUCAUUAAGCACUACAAAAUUAGGAGUCUAGACAAUGGAGGGUUUUAUAUCUCUCCAAGAAUAACUUUUCCGAGCAUCAAUGAUAUGAUCAAACAUUAUCAAAAGCAAUCAGAUGGCUUGUGUAGAAGGUUGGAAAAAGCUUGUAUUUGUCCUAAGCCACAAAAACCAUGGGAUAAAGAUGCAUGGGAAAUUCCACGGGAAUCAAUUAAAUUAGUGAAGAAACUUGGAGCUGGUCAGUUUGGAGAAGUCUGGAUGGGUUAUUAUCAUAACAGUACAAAAGUGGCCGUGAAGACUCUGAAGCCGGGAACAAUGUCUGUGCAAGCCUUUCUGGAGGAAGCCAACCUCAUGAAAACACUUCAGCAUGACAAGCUAGUUAGGCUUUAUGCUGUAGUGACCAAAGAAGAACCUAUUUAUAUUAUAACAGAAUUCAUGGCAAAAGGAAGUUUGCUGGAUUUUCUGAAGAGUGAUGAAGGAAGUAAAUUGUUGCUUCCAAAGCUAAUUGACUUCUCUGCUCAGAUUGCAGAAGGAAUGGCAUACAUAGAAAGGAAAAAUUACAUCCAUCGAGACUUGAGAGCAGCUAAUGUUCUGGUUUCGGACUUACUGAUGUGCAAAAUUGCUGAUUUUGGACUAGCUAGAGUUAUUGAAGACAAUGAAUAUACAGCAAGAGAAGGUGCAAAAUUCCCUAUUAAAUGGACAGCACCGGAGGCAAUUAACUAUGGAUCUUUCACUAUUAAGUCUGAUGUGUGGUCAUUUGGGAUUCUCCUGUAUGAAAUCGUCACAUAUGGAAAGAUUCCUUAUCCAGGUAUGAGCAAUUCAGAUGUGAUGGUUGCUCUCCAGCGUGGGUACCGGAUGCCACGUAUGGAAACCUGUCCAGCUGAGCUUUACGACAUCAUGAAAACGUGCUGGAAAGACAAGGCAGAAGAGAGACCGACGUUUGAUUACCUACAGAGCGUGCUCGAUGACUUCUACACAGCAACAGAAGGGCAGUACCAACAGCAGCCAUAGAACAAAGAACACUUUUCCUGCUGACAUGGAGCAUUGUCACAGACUUACCUGGACAGACUGCUGUAACCAAUUACUCUGUGAGCUUGGAUGUCUUAACCAAGUGUGGAAGCUGAGAUGCUGACGGAAAGACAAAUUCUGCAGCGAAAUAAUCACGCUUUUCUUUGGUUAAAAGAAUUCCUCUAGAGGUUGAAGUUCUCUUAAGUGCUCUGUGUUUUGCAGCUGCAGAAACAUACCAAACCGAGUCAGCUUUUUGGGGUGGGAAGGGAGGCAAAAGGAAAGCGACCAUGCACCUGUACAGUCUGACAAAUCCUUCUCAGGAUCAGUCAUGGAAUACAUUACAAGGAGGCCUUUACAAAAGGGAUGCAUGAACAGCUGUCUUCGAAAGAAAAAGGCAUGAAGGAGACCUUACAGAUUUAAGACAUGGUGUUGCUCUUAAAUCACCUUUUUUGAAAUGCAGCAGUGUGAAAAUUAUUUUUGUAUCCUUGUUAUUUCGCAGUCGCAGUGGGAGUACUGGCACCUCUUGUAAGACUUUCUAAAUGUUGUCAUGAUUUCCUUUAAGGAAGGGUUAUGUAUGUAAUUCUUUACAUUGAAGAUGAUUCUGUUUUACUGCUCUGUCACUCGUAUUAAGUUUAAAAUAAUUUUCAAAGCAACGCAACAGCCCUCUCAGAUGCAGAAGCGCGUACAUGACAGCAGAAGCAGCAGCAUAUCCAGCUCUGUGUCCAACCUUCGGUUUCCCACAAGGCCAAAGUCAUCAUCAAGGGGAAAGCACAGGAAUUUGAAGAAGUUCAUACUUUUAUUGCAGUCACUGAGAAUGUUACCCGUGAAAAUAUUUUAAUCGUAAUUUCUAAUGGUCUGUGAUUAUUCGAGUAUUCCUUGUAUUUUUGCUGCUUUAAUCGACUAACCUAAAAGCUGUUUUAAAGCUAAAACUAGCUCUAGCGCAGUCAAAACCAAUUUGUGGAAAUAUGCAGUAGGAUAUUCAGUUAUAUGGCAGUAACACUAUAACAUCGUUGCUCAGUAUCUAAAUCUGUAAUUCAUAAAAAUGAAACGCAGUUUGCUAAGCUCUCUAUAUCAAAUUGUUCUACCCGAAUGAGUUACCAAAACAGCUGAGCUAGUGCAAUUACAAUGCAACUACAGUAUAAGUGGGCUUUUUUCCUUGGUGACACUGUUCCUACCACUGAAACCCAGCACAUCUUUGCCACCUCUCACCCCAAUUAUUUAGGCAAGUGGUACUUUGCUUCGGUGUGCCUGCAGCUAAUGUUCAGCAGCAUAAACAAUCAUUGCUUUUGUUUUCCAUUGGCCUCCUUCAGCCAAACUACGCUGGUUAAGCAGACUAUCCGAUAAAUAUGUAAAUAUUGUUUCUAUUGUAUGGUGAUUUUUAAUUUUAAUAAACGCUUAGUCUGAAA